GCUUAAGUAAGGCAAGAGGCAAUUGAUUGCCAUUCCGUGAAGUAUAUUUGAGCAAGUGCUUAUAUUUCAUACAUAGUAUUUUCUCAAUUUUCAAUCGAUUAAUUCCCGUCUCCUCACAUUCUUCCUCUCACCUCCUUGCGUCACUCUCCUAAACCUAUCUCAAGCUUCACCAAAAAUUACCUAUCUCUGUUCCACCACCUCUUGUCCAAGGCUUCACAAGAUCAAUCCACCUCGUCUCAACUCCCACCACCUUAUCAAUCGUUACAUUCCUUUACUUCAACUCGACGUUUUCAGCUCCGCCAACAAUGGCCUCCUCCACCACCCUAACUCCCCACGACCUCACCAUCCUCCAAAAGAUCGCCGAUCCAGAGUCCUCGCCCUCAGCUUCCCUCCUAAUCGUUUCGUCUCUCCCAAAAGACCCCGAUUACCCCGAUCCCAGCAUCUAUUCUCGUAUAACUUCCACCGAACGGCAAAUCAUCUCUCAAAUCCAAAUCAACGACGCCCUCGACGCCUACCGAACAGCACUCUCCCAACUCAACGACUUAAUAACAGCUUAUCCAAACUAUGCCAGCGCGCGAAACAAUCGCGCUCAAGUCCUCCGACGGAUACACGGUGAUACGAUAUUAAUAAAAACCGCCUCUCAAACCUCGUCAUCAGAAGCAGAACUCAACACCGCAGCCCAAACAAUCCUCUCCGACCUCACCCUCGCCAUCAGUCUCCUCUCUCCCCUCACCCCCUAUUCCCCGCUCUCCCCCAUAGCAGCCAAGACCCUAGCACAAGCAUACACCCAGCGUGGCGCUCUGUUCCAUUUAACCGCGAAACAGUACUCGCAGCAAGGAACAGAGCUGCGGAUAGAGGGGAAAGAAAAAGGGUGGAGUGUAGUCGAGUUUGAAGAGGCUGCUAGUAGGGAUUUCGUUAUGGGGGGUCGGUUGGGGAAUGUGGUUGCGAGGGAGAUGGCUGUUUUGGCGAAUCCGACGGCGAAGUUGUGUGGGGAGAUUGUGAGGGGGGCGAUGAGGGAGGAGUAUGUUGGUGGUGUUAGCUAGGAGUAGGGGAGGAUUGGUUGGAGAGAGUGUGAUGAUAUGAGGAUUGGUUGAUUUGGCGUCAUGGAGUUUUGGAAAGUAUUAAUGCAGAAAUGUGGUUUGAUAAACACUUAGACGUUAUGCAAAC